CUAUCUGAGCCGAAGGCCGCACACACAGCAGAGACGCACUACUCACAAACCCACACCGUGCCCGAUGCCAAAGCUUUUAAUGCAUUCACAGAGCGGCGCAGUAGAUAUUGUACCUGGGUGACUGCUGCACGUGCUGCAGUAUAUUAUACAAUGUCGAGCAGUCUACGACCGGUUUCACAGCCUGUACGCGUACACACUUUCGAGAGCGCGCUGGGCACUCGCCUCUAUCGCGUGCGUUGUUAGGAAGCGAUACCGCAUCGGCCGUCGUCGGCAGACCGUGCGUCUGAAAGCUUUCCUGAAAGCGGAAAGGUGAAGUUUUGCCGUGGUAUAGCUGUGUGCGAAACUAAGUGCAUAUCUUUGCAAAUACACUUUCUUUCAUCUCUUUACAGCGUUUCAUUUUCUUUCUUUCUUUCGUUCGUUGGAGUUUGAAAGCUUUGCUUUCUUUUUCUUUCUUGUCUUUUCUUUUCCGGCGGAGGUCAUGCUUCAGCCAAAUGGAGUCGCACCCUCAUCGAACGCGAGUCUGUCCCGGUCGCUUAGCACGCGAUUGGGUAGGUGUUGCUCUCUCGUGCCGGUCGAUCGGCGGCGCGGGCGGCGACGGCGAUAAACGUGGUGGUGACGGGGUCGACGGAGGCGGGGUCGAUCUCGAGGUUCGACCGCGUACGUACCACGUAGCACAUGCGCGCCGUCUCUUUCGCGACGCCUUCUCUCUCGCCGACAUCUUUCACUCGGCGUUCGGCUCCGGCUUUGUCUCGGGCUCGGGCUGCGGUCUUCGCAUCCCCUCGCGACCCUCCCGCCGCCGACGGCGCAAAGGUGACGCGUCGCAUCGGCGUGUUGCACUGCGUCGCCGUCGCCGGUCCCUCGGCGCUUUGUUCAUCGAGAGCCCGUCGCGUCCGGUUGGGGUCAGUGCUGCGUGCGCUUCGACACCGGGUUGGUCGCUCGUCGAUUCGACGGCGCUGGGCGAGCUUGCGCCCCCGUAGUGCGCGCGCGUGGGCGCGAAGUUUUCUUGGCUGGUAGCUGUCGUUUCUCUCGUGCCGGCAAUACCGCUUCGACUGGCGGAGGAAGUCGCGUCGAUUUGGGCUGUUCCGCCCACCUUCUCCUCGAUGCUAUGGUUGAGAAUGUGGAUACCAGAAUGUUGGAGGGGUGCGGGAAAGUAGUCAAGUAUGCACUCUUCGUGGCCAACUUCAUCAUCAUGGUUGGCGGAGUGGUGGUGUUCGCGGUGGGCAUCUGGACCCUGGCCGACCGGUCCUUCAUGGAGCGGCUCCUGGGCACGGACCUGUACGUCAGCUCGGCGUCCAUUCUCAUCGCCACCGGGGUCGUCGUCACUAUAAUCUCCUUCCUCGGCUGCCUCGGCGCCUUCAAGGAGAUCAAGUGCAUGCUUCUCACGUACUUCAUAAUACUCUUCAUGAUAUUCAUCACAAUGCUCGUCGGAGGCAUAUUAGGAUACGUCUUCAGGAAUGAGGUGGACGACCGGAUGUACCAAGAAAUGGUCAUGUCCAUUCCCUCCUACAAAAACGACUCCGUCGUCACGGACGCAUGGGACGCAGUGCAGCAGCACUUCCAGUGCUGUGGCGUUCGACUACAAGCGAAAACCGAACCGUACCGAAUCUGGCAGCUCAAGAACUCGCACUUCAACGCGAACCAUCAAGUGCCGGAGUCGUGCUGCAUGAAAAAGGAGUGGCUUCAUGCUUGCUCCAAGAAUCCCACGGACCGAGACACUUACAUGGACAGCUGUCACGAAAAAGUCCGGGACUUCGUCAAGGGACACGCUGUCAUUGUAGGUGGAAUAGGCAUCGGCAUCGCCUGCCUUUUAGUUGUCGGAAUGGUCUUGUCGUGCGCCAUGUUCCUCAUGAUCCGCUAAGCAACGAGCGGAGCCUAUCCAUGACGUCAUAUCCGGCGGCGACCUGGUGCCUACUCCUCGCUACAGUGCACACGCGUGCGUGUGUGUGUGUGCGCGUGCCUCGCUCCUCCUUCAACCAAAGGUGCCAACGACGGCUCUCCACGUCGCUGGCGUUGUUGAGUUUCACAGCGGCUUUCGCCCUUGAGUUUUGUUUAGUGUUUGCCCCCGGUCCGGCCACGUGACGACAAAGAAGAAGAGCAAGACUGGAAGAACUCCUGGUGGCAGGAGGGAAGCUUAUGCAGCCACAGCCGCCUUUACAAUGAGUGGACACCGCUUUAGAAGUGCCUAUACUGGAAUUCACCAAAAAAAGAAAAAUGCUGGAGCACGGACAUUUUUAAACGAGCAAGGCGAGCUUUGUUUUCUUGCCAUUCCAGUGAGAAGUGCCCCGUUUCUGUUAAAGGUGUUUUUUGUUGCGCAAUUAUUACUCCCUCUCCUCCCCGCCCUUUUUUUUUUAUUGUGUACGGACUAUUACAUUCGUUGCGCCUGAAGUGCGGAGACGCUUCCUCGACUCUCCUGCAUUGCGCGUUUGGUUGUGUGUAUCGCUGUGUCGUCAACUCGCGUUGUUUUUUCAUGCCGUUCCUGCUUGUCAAGCCUUCUGUAAUUUAUUAACUUUUGUACAGCUUUCUUAGACCAUGCCCCUGAGCCUGUUUAGUGGACAAGGGUUAUUUUUCUGAACAUAAUAACUUGCAUUUAUAAUCGUGUUAUAGACAGAAGAAUCAGUACUAUGGAGAACUACAGCACACCGUAAGCAUUAAUAAUCCCCACACCACAUGCGCGAUUCACUACGCAGCUAUGUUUCUUGCGCUGACAAUAAAUCUGCAUUGAAGGAUCCGAAUCCUUAAGAAAAACACAACGUCAUACAUCGAUACACGCAUUAUUUCCUUUUUUUUUUUUAAGAGAUCAUUACAGUAGCCAUCUUGUUCAUUUUCUCACGUUCUUAUCAUUUGAAUGCAUGCUACGACUGUAAGUUUUAACAAUGCUAGCCGGUCUAUGUGGCAAGAGAAAACAUAUCAGCUGAAACUCAAUUAACAGUGUUCAUUGAAUUUUUACGUUAACAUAAUGAGGUCGAUUUUGUCCGAUAUUUGUACUUAUCGAAAGUGCUUUGAGAGACUUACUGCGCUGCUAAUAUCUGACUGAAUGUGUUUCUCAUCUAGUCUUGCCUCUCUGUACCACUCGAGGCAUGUCUGUAGUGUUUUCAUGUUUUAACAAUACCUUUUGCACUGCCUUAGUCUAGUUGUUUAUUCGCCAGCUCGCACACAUCUCAUCUAUGCUUGUGCGUUUUUGCCCACGUACGAGUGGCACUGCACAUAUCGUUUACACGAAAACAAGAAUGAGUUUUGUUUUGUGAUAUGCCAUUUUUUGUCAUCUGGCAGUUAUAUAACAGUCCAAAGGAUGAUGAAAACAGCCUUUAAAAACACUGGGACCAAUGUACGAUAACUCGUGCCGUACUCUGCCUUAUGCAUUGAACGCUCCUUAACACUGGUGGUGUUAAAAUGUGUUGUACAUUUACACAAGUUCAUUGUUACGUAUCAAAUAUGUUCACAACACGGGAAGCAGUUGGAACGGCCCAUGCAAACAUGGGACAUAGAUAAGCGCAAUACACAAACAUACCGCAAUGUUUAAAAUCUUCCUGGACGGUUUGUAUUGUUGACAUUACCCUUGAGUGACCAGGGCUCCCAUACAGAAAAAAAAAGUGAUAUGUUCUCACAUGCUCCUUUACCUAUGGCUGAAGCAUAGCACAUAAGGGCCAUUGAACCCAGCCGCGCAACGGGUUCACUAUAAGUGAUUUUCGAUGUAUGAUCGAGGAAUCAUGGCAGAGAAUGACGUCAUGGGGGAAUACGCACGUACGUGUAUGACUCUAAAUGUGAAUAAUGUGAAUUUGAACGUCAGUUAUUCUCCACAACCUCUUCGUGUGCAAAGAAAAAAAAAAUCCGCGUCCGUCGACCAAAUAUGAGACGCGGCACUUGCGCAUGUCCUCACAACUAUCUCGUUACGUCAUGCCGCGAGACGAGAGAGAAAAUCUCGCACAAUCGCGCUCACCCUUCUCGAAUUCGAUGUCUGUCCUCAUUCGUGCUCUUAUCGUCAAAUAUAAUCACAGUCUGCGAAUAAAACGUUCGUGUCUUUUUUUUUUCGACUGCUCGUGUAAAAGCUGUUGUAGCUUUAUCCAAAUCGCAGCCUUGUUGAUAACCACAGUUGUCUGCGUUGGCCACUACGAUCCUUGAAAAAUAUUAAAGGUUCUCGCGUGACAAAAAAAAAAUUGAAGUCGUGUUCUUUCUCAAAUGCAAAUGUGUAAUUUGCUGUGUCAUUGUCGCUGUCGAAGUGUAAAGACAAGUGAAUUUUGAUGUUAUAUACGCUUGCCUAAAAUAUUUCCUUGUGUCCAAGGUGCCGAUAAGUGUGCAUCCGUUGACGUUAAGUGUGAUGGCUGUCGCAACGUACAAUGUGUUACCUUGUUUUUUGUAAAGCUACAUCGUUUUGGGUUUAAAUAUUAUUCGCGAGAUGUGUAGGAAUUCCUCGUUUUUCUUUCUUAUCGCACUACUGUUAUUUCAAAUAUUGCGUGUGCACAUGUCAUGCUCUUUCAUUAAAUGAUAAUGCAGUGUUGCUUUACACCAUCAGUGUAGUUUGCCUUAAUUCAGCAAGCAUUUACUGUUGAGGCGCUCCCUGAGAAGUGCCAUUUGCUCUGUCUAUAUAAGCAUUAUAAGCAAUGUACUAGAUUUAGAUGUUUCCAAGUGUAAAAUAUGUAGCUGUGCUCUCCCAUAGCCCAACUUGUGUCUGUAUUAACGAUGUACUAUGUAUGAUGCCCAGAACCUACUGGUCAGAGGGCGCGAGAGCGCUAUGUUGUUGUGUUUUUUUUUCUUCUCGACACUCUGUCACUUCUUGGCAAUGUAAAUUAUCUUGCGUUGUCCUUUGAAUAUUUAUUUCAGAAAUAAACCGUUUGAAAGCGCGA